AUGUCGACUGAACCAAUUUCCAGUUCAGAACGACUCAUCACGUCGCUGUUUGCAGGCGCUAUUGCGGGCGCGAUAGCAAAGACAACUAUCGCGCCCCUUGACCGAACGAAAAUCAACUUCCAAACACAAAAUGCACAGUUUUCCUUUCGCGAAGCCUCGUACUUUCUGGCAAAGACGUACCGCCAGAAUGGGUUCACCAGUCUUUGGCGCGGCAACUCAGCCACCAUGGCGAGAAUCAUUCCAUAUGCUGCAAUCCAAUACUCAAGUCAUGAACAAUUCAAACACCUCCUUCGCGUGGAGACCAAUGCUCAAAAGAAAGCCAAGCCACACCGGUCGUUUGUUGCCGGCUCACUUGCUGGAGUUGUCUCCACGAUGGCCACCUAUCCACUAGACCUGGCAAGGGCACGAAUGGCGGUCUCCCACCACGACAAAUACCAUAAUUUAUUGGAGGUGUUUAUUAAAACGAUUCGCGAAGAAGGUGCCUUUUCCUUAUACCGUGGGCUUGUUCCUACCGUUCUCGGUGUGAUACCAUAUGCUGGCAGCAGCUUCUUUACCUAUGAAACGUUGAAAAGAUUGCACUAUGAUUAUUAUGGCCUGAAUGAACCGCAUCCGACACUAAGAUUCUGUUUCGGAGCAGUUGCAGGUUUAAUCGGCCAGUCAGCGUCGUACCCGCUGGACAUUGUGCGACGAAGGAUGCAGACGCACAGGGGCUACACUGAAAUUGGAAUUUUAGGCACAAUGAAGAAGGUGGUCCUCGAAGAGGGCUUCAUCCACGGCCUCUACAAGGGCCUCAGUCUGAACUGGGUGAAGGGGCCCAUUGCAGUGGGCAUCAGCUUCACCUCCUUUGACAUAAUUAGCAACUUUCUGCGAACGGUCGUCUACCAGCCUUUUGUGAGCAGUUCGAGUCACCCUCAGCGAUAG